ACACUAGCAAGCGGCCCAGGGGACGCGAUCGCGGGGAUUCGCGGCCUCUGCUGUCUGUAAGGCAGCCGGCCGGCACGGGCUGCCCCAACACAACAAUUGCCCCAACACCUUAAGCUUCCCCCCCUCAACCUUAAAAAUGGGCGCCACCCAGAGCAGCACGGAGGCGGCCGAGAGUCCUACUAGUUCCAGCCGGGGGCUGGGCCUCGGCGCCGUCGGCGACGCCGUGGACCGCUGGUUCGACGUGAGCACGGACUACGUCUGCGGGCCGAACAGCUGCUCGUGCCUGCUCGACGACGGCGCCGACGGGUCCUUCACGGUGAGCCAGGCGAGCAUCACCGUCGUGUCGGCGGACGGGCGCACCGACACGUUCGGGCCGGCGGAGGACGCGCCGGCGCGGGCGUCCGCGGCCGCGUUCGACGACGACGCCUACGGCGAGGAGUACCGCACGCUCGUGCUGGGCGAAGCCGCGCCGCGCGGCGGGCCCGCGGUCGAGCGCAUCGACGCGCCGCCGGAGAUCAUCGACGACGCCGACGAACCGCCCCCGGCGCGCGCGGCGCCGUCGCCCCGCGCGGCGGCCAAGAAGCCGCGGGCGGCGCCCAAGGCGGCCGCGCCGCCGCCGGCCAAAGCGGCGCCGCCGGCCGCCGCGCGCGAAGCCGCCACGACUCCGAUCGCGAAGCCGGCCGCGACGCCGCCGAGUCCGAAAGCCAAGCCGCCCGCGCCGCCCGCGCCCGCGCCGCCACCGGCGGCGGCCGCGAGGCGAUCGCCGGCCGCGACGCCGAAAGCAGGGCCGAAGCCGGCGCCGGAGAUAGAAGUGAACCUGGUGCGCGUCAAGCGGAGCCUCCGGAAGGGCAUCCCGUUCGUGAAGCACUGCAGCGACCUCCGGAAGCGCGACCGCGUGCUGUGCCUGAACCGCGCCGAGACGCGCGUCGGCUGGAAGCGAGGCCAGCCCGAGACGACGAUGGUGAGCCUGCGCGACAUCGACGCGGUCCGCAUGGCCUCGGAGGUGGACCCGGCCGCGUCGCUCCUCAAGCCCGUGGCGGGGACGCACAUCCUGCGGCAGACGGCCGACGGGCCCACGAUCAUGAAGCGCGCCUUCUCGCUGGUCCUCGUGGACCGGACGCUCGACAUCGAGUGCGGCUCCGAGCUCGAGGCGCGGACGCUCUGCGCCGCGUUCAAGGUCAUGGUCCGCGACGAGAAGGUCAAGUACGGCGACAUCGCGGGCUAGCCCCCCCCGUAAGC